AUGACAUGCAUCUCGAAACCAUUCAAUGGCACCAUUUUUCACACACAUUCAUCCCAUUUACCUCGCCACCAUAUCUCUCAAUUCCAACCCUGCCUCCCUUCCAGCGUAGUAUACUCUUUUUCAUCUACUGUCGCUCAUUUUUCCUUUAGUUCAUUUCUCGUUUCUUCUUUUUUUUACUCUUUCAGUCAAUCACAUUCCGCUCCACGAGAUGCAUCAAUAUCUCAUCAUCCCACGUCGUUCCUCCUCUUCCUCAAAACCAAAUCAUCAUUCGUUUCCUCCUCUAUCUCUAUAUCUCUUCCACUUUCUCAGUGUGCAAUCUCUUUAAUACCGCAAUCUCUUUGA